AUGUACAGCUACUUCCUCUUUCUGUCUAAAAGCCUGGAGUCCCGCACAAACUUCCUUGUAAACUGCAGGAACAGCACACUGCGGUCAUCUGUUCUGCCGGUUUGUGCCAUGGGUACUGCAUUCGGAUUCGGGUGGCUUUUUCUUCUUUGGUUAUUAGGAAAUGUGAAUGCCCAGAAGACACCCUCCCCGCAUAUUGAAGCAGAAUGUUUGGGAAAUAUCCUGCGAGUGGAUGUUCGCCCACUCCCUGGGCAAUUUCUUGAAGUUUCUGCUGUUGUUGGUAACUCUGCUGUUAAACUUACACGAAGUUUGGCAAAACGAUGUGGUUUCAGUAUGGUGCACAAACAAGGAACCAUCGCGAUCUACGCCUCCCUUUACAACUGUUUUGUUCGAAAUCGGACUGACCGCACAAUCGUGUUAAACCUGAGGCUCCAUUCAAAGUCCAUGGCUCAAGAUGAUGUGUACCAAGUGGCUGAAACCUGCAACUAUAUCGCGCAGGUCUCCAGGGAGAUUAUCUGUGACCGCAACUACAUGGAGGUGUCCGUGAAAAGGACCGUUCCACAUGAUUACACCCUGCCACGACGCAACAUUGCCAAGGAGCUUAUCAACUCCAGAUUCACAAUCUCAUCGCUGGUGUUCUUCACACCUGAGGAGAAAAAGAUGACACUGCAGGAGGCCCACAUAGCCGGCUACGGGGUCGCCAAUACUGCCUCGAGGCUUGUUCUGCGAAGUGGCAAGACUGCAUCUGAGACAUAUAUACAACAUGUAGCAGGAGUGCCCAUGACUGUACUGCAAGCCGCUGCCAUCUUUGAAAAUAAGUGGUUCAAAAGCCAGAUUGACGUAGCAGCUGCUUGUCCACAACUGGAAGGAAGCGUUUACUUCACACAGAACAUGAUCAGCUGGUUCCUGCCCACACGCAUCGACCCGCUCAUUUCCUCUGGUCAGUUCAGACUCCUAGAGGUGCACAUGGGAGUGGAUGGAAAGAGAUUGGACAGCGCCAAGAUGGUGGCACGACAUAUCAAUAUGACAGUUGAUGACAUGUACAUCGUGCUUCAUAUUCCCAUUGGGGCACCAGGCGGCUUUUUCACGAGUCAAGUCCGGGAUAAUGAAUAUUUGGUGAGUUAUAUGAUUGAACCUAUGCUUGAAUUGCUGUGGCUUGAAGAUGCCACCAAUGAGGACACGAGCUACAAAGUGCUUUUUCCCAUCAUGACACCACCAGAGCCUCACCAUUUUAAAGUGCAAGAUGACACUGUUCCAGAGGAGAAAGUGUUCAAAAUAGCCAUUGGGCCUUUUGCAUCGGAUGUAGUUUUACUCAACAUUACCUUCAUUGACGGGGUGGUGUCGGUGGAUGACUGUAAUGAGCGAGGCUUCAAUGUGCAGGAGCGCUACUCUCAGAGCAGCGGUUUGAAGUACAUCUCUCUUAAAGUUCCCUUCACGGACCGGGCCGUCCAACAGACGAAAGGACCAGCGUUUACACUCUACUCGCUACAAAUGACUUUUGGCUUCGGGGUCCUGCCCAAGUUUACGCCAUUUUGUCACACUACUAAACUGGAAGCUAAAUUGGCUGGCGUUGACCCGACUGAACCCAUACCUUCAGCUACCGGCGGCUGUGACAACAGGAACUUUUACAUUCUUGUGCAAUACGGAUCACAAGGCAACAACUUCCAAACUCGUGUGGGAAAGCGCAGUUUGUCCCAGGCUCUGGCUGAGGAGUACGGCUUCAGCAGUAACAAAACGCACUUCAGUAUAGUGGUGCCGUUUUCAUCCCCUGACACUGUCUAUGAGGCUAUUGAAGGGUCAUCUAUCCGAGGCAGACUUGACAUCACAUUGUUAAAUCCAGACACCAAGCGCAAUCUCAAUGACUUCACUCUGACUUGUCUCUUUUACACAAAACUCACAGAAUGUUUUCCCAAUGGAACCAUGACUGCUUUUGCAGUCAAACUGGAGUCUGUCCCCAGCAUGAAACCUAGUCAGCUGACUCUCCUCGACCCAAAGUGUGGUCCGGUAUACAGCAACGACCGUUAUGCCUAUUUUGUCUUUACUGGCAGCACCUGCGGGACCACCAGGAAGUUUGUUUCUAAUGUAAUGCUGUAUGAAAAUGAAAUCGCCUUAUCACCAGAAUUUCAACAUCAAAGAAAUGGGACUGAUGAACCAGAAUUUGAUUUAAGGGUUUCAUGUCACUAUGUUGUCAACACGAGUCGCUCCGUGACCUUCCACUCCAGAGCUCGCAGGAAUGAUCCAUAUGCUGAAAAUGGGAGAGGCCAACUGCAAGUGGUACUGAGGCUUUCAAUGGAUGAUUCCUACACUUCAUUUUAUGGCACCGCUGACUACCCAGUCUCAAAGUACCUGCAACAUCCACUGUAUUUUGAGGUAGCACUCAUGAGAUCAACCAACCCCAGAGUGUCACUGGAGCUGGAAAGCUGCUGGGCCACAAUUGACAAGGAGAGAACAUCUAAGCCAAGAUGGAAUCUGAUCAUAAAUGGCUGUCCAAAUCCAGUGGACCCAAACCAGGUGAGAUUUCAUUCCGUGUUGAAGGAUGACAGAGUGGCAUAUCCAUCCCAUGUAAAACGGUUUGAGGUCCAAAUGUUUGCUUUUGCGCAAGACAAGGACAACUUGAAUAAGCAGCUCUACGUCCACUGCGAUGUAGAAAUCUGUGACCACCAGAAUCGUCUGAGUGAAGUUUGUAAGAAAAGGCUAUGUUACAGCCAAGACAACAGGAUGAAAGUUCAAAAGAGAGCCACUUCAAAUGUUAAAGACCUUACACAAGUCUCCUCUGGAUGCAUUCACCUCAACUGA